AUGGAGAACUUUCAUGCACCAUGGAUUUCUUUUGUCCUCCUUGCUCUUGUUCCAUUCUUAUCGAAGAAUCCCUUCGUUGCCUUCUGUCACAACACUCCUAACCAUGAGACCGACCAGCCACGGACUUACAUCAUUCAACUGGAAACGCCAACUGCGAGCUUGGAUGAAGAGGGUCUGAAGAUAUGGUACAAGUCCUUCCUGCCCGAGUCUAACGACAACUCCGAGCGCUUGCUCCACUCCUACAGUGAGGUCUUCAGCGGAUUCGCCGCAAAGCUAACGGAGGAGGAGGUGAAGAAUAUGGCAAAGAAGGAGGGCUUCCUGCGGGCACACCCGGACCGUGUCUUGCCUCUUCACACCACGCAUACGGCGGACUUCCUCGGCCUUAAAGUAGGCCAAGGACUAUGGCAGGCUUCCGGCCUAGGCAAGGGGGUCAUCAUCGGAGUCCUCGACUCUGGUAUAACGCCCAAUCACCCUUCCUUUGAUGACCGCGGUGUGCCGCCGCCGCCGCCUGGCAAAUGGAAAGGCUCGUGCAACCUCAAGACCGGCUGCAACAACAAGCUCAUCGGUGCCAAGAGUUUGGUUGCUGGUGAUACUGCAAAACCACCCAUCGAUGUAUACGGGCAUGGAACCCAUACUUCAAGCACCGCAGCUGGGAACUUUGUACGCAACGCCAGCGCCUUUGGCUUAGCUCGUGGCACUGCAGCCGGGACCGCACCACACGCUCAUCUAGCUAUCUACAAGGUGUGCAACGACGACGGAUGCUCGGAAUCAGCUGUAGUGGCCGGGUUCGACGCUGCCGUUAAAGAUGGUGUCGACGUGAUCUCCAUGUCUCUGGGAGGAUCUCCCACCCGUUUUGAUCAGGAUCCCGUCUCCAUUGCUGCCUUUCGUGCUUCUGUUGAGAAAGGAGUUUUCGUGAGUUGUUCCGCUGGUAAUGACGGGCCAUUCAAGUCUACCCUGUCCAGUGUAGCGCCAUGGGUUCUUACCGUGGCGGCAACUACCAUGGACAGAAGCCUGCAAGCCACCGUGGAGCUGGGUGACGGGCGCAAGAUCAACGCGGAAUCUAUGGACCAGCCACCAAACUUUCCUGAAGGCCCUGUUCCUUUAUUCAUAACUGACACAAGUUACGACUACCAUAAUUGCUAUACUGUCAGCGAGAAAGUCAAGGGUAAGGUGGCCGUCUGCCAGGCCGACGACUUGAUUUGUACAGGUAAGGCGGCUAUUGUUAAGGCUGCAGGCGGCAUCGGCAUGAUAGUCGUCAACCUUGAUGAAGAAGGCUACACCAUGGUCGACCGCACCUGCAACUUCCCGACGGCAUCGGUUCCCUUCAACGACGGCAAUCCAAUUAUAACAUAUGUGAAUUCAACGUCCAAUGCGACGGCAACCAUUUCCUUCAGAGGCACGGUUCUUGGAGUAACUCCUGCUCCCGCCAUCGCUCAUUUCUCCUCGAGGGGUCCUGCCCGGGAAUGCUAUUCCAUCAUAAAACCUGAUAUUUCCGGACCUGGUGUCAACAUUCUUGCGGCGUGGAUCGACCGACGAACAGCUAAUGAUACCUUUGUAAUCCAGUCCGGUACCUCCAUGGCAGCCCCUCAUCUGAGCGGGGUCGCUGCACUCGUAAAAAGUUUGCAUCCCGACUGGUCGGCGGCGGCGAUCAAAUCAGCUAUCAUGACCACCUCCGACGACAAAGACCGACAGGGGAGGUUCAUCCAGGACGAACAGCGUGGGUCGGCCAGCUUCUAUGCGAUGGGCGCCGGACACGUCAAUCCCUCAAAAGCAGUUGAUCCCGGUCUCGUCUACGACUUGGACAUCGAUGACUACAUCGCCUACAUUUGUGGCAAGUAUGGAAACGCUGGUGCCAAGGCCAUAGUUCGUGGCAGAUCCAUUAAAUGUGAGACAGUCAAGAACCUCACCGAAGCACAACUCAACUAUCCCACCAUCACGCUUACCCCAAGGAACAUCAACCACACUGUGAGUAGGACAGUCACCAACGUGGGACCCACGAACUCGAGCUACAAGGUGAAGGUGAACGUGCCCGACACCGUGUUUCUCACUGUUGAGCCUCAAAUCCUCAAUUUCACCCAAGUGAAUGAGAGGAAGAGUUUCACAGUCAGCGCCAAGUGGACGGGUCGCCCAGUCAACUCUGUUGAAGGAAAAUUGAGAUGGAUUUCAGAUAAGCAUGUGGUGAGAAGCCCCGUCGUCGUCACCGAUCGUCAAAUCUGA